AUGGAGCUGACCACACGAAAUGCGAAUGCUAAAAUUGAUGCAAAUAUCAGAAAGAGAAAUUAUGAAAGGCUGGUUGAAGUCAUGCAAGAAAGACUGCCAAAUACUGAUAGAUCAAAAGUAGAUGACCUCAUUAGAGAAGAAAGUUGUCAUAAAAAUGGGCUUGGUGGUUUGACUAUCAGAGAAAUUGUUCUAAAAGCAAAGUCAAUACUUCAAGAGAAAAAUAAGAUAUUUGCAAAUGUGGUUAACACUGAUUGCCUAUGUGCCUUAUGUGUUGAAGAAGUGAAGUUGAAAGCUCAGAAGCAGCUGUACUGUGGCCAUAAUUUCCAUGAUGAGUGCAUCAUGGCUUGGGUGCAUCGGUAUGAAAGAUCUUGUCCGACUUGUGGACAGUUUGUAUUGUUUCCUGAAGAAUUUCCUAAACUUUUUUGA